AUGCUGUUCGGGAGAGAUUCGAGAAAAGACGCUCAAAGGACAGCCAAUCUGGACUUUGACGCCCGCGUCCCCAUCCCCUUCAGUGUCUUCCCGUCGUCGUACCGGAGUGACGCUGUUCCUGAGACUACUCUUGUUACUGAAAGGGUAGAGGGAGAAGUCAACCUCGAUCGCACUUCGCACGUCGAACGGGAAGAUACUCGAACCUCUGCUCCUCUCCCCGACCCUCGUGUCUUCGGAAAGGAAGAAGUCGAUCUUCGCUUCGAACGUCGCUCAGAACGCCGAGGAGGUGACGAAGGUUUUACCGUUGUCGCCGACGAACGUGUGCAGUCAACUCGCUAUCCCGAGGUCGACCUAGCUCGUGAACGCUACCGUGAACAACAACCCACCUCGUCUCGCUACCAGGACUACUACCAGGAAAGGCAGCAGACCUACGACAAGACCCUUGAGACUCAGCUUGACAUCACCGAGCGUGAUUAUCGCCGUCGCACCGACCCUACCUACGACGUCGCAGUCUCUUACGACCGUCGCUCCCAAGCUCCUGUAGAGUCCUACGAAGGCCCUCAGAAGCACACCGCUGAGGUUUCCUACAGCCGCUCAGGUGCUUACGAUACCUCUUACGAGCGCACCUACCAGCCUCCGACCCUCGAAGUUCCCCGCGGAGACUCUUACACCAGCCGUCAGACUACUACCGUAGUUGAUCAUCCCCCAGCUCGCAAGAUGGGUUACUACGACGACGACGUUCGUUUCCGUGAGGGUGUCCGUGAGGAUGUCCGCAUCAUCGAGCCCCGUGGCGGCCCCAACACCUCCGCCGAGACCGUUCCGAUUCCCUGCCACUUUGUCCGCAUCGGUGACAUCCUGGUCCUCCAGGGUCGUCCCUCCCAGGUGAUCCGCAUCUCAGUCUCUCCCCAGACUGGCCAGCACCGCUACCUCGGUGUCGACCUCUUCACUCGUGAGCUCCACGAGGAGUCCAGCUUCAUCUCCAACCCUUCCCCCUCGGUUGUUGUCCAGACCAUGCUCGGCCCUGUCUACAAGACCUACCGCAUCCUUGACAUCCGUGAUGACAACCGCAUUGUCGCCAUGACCGAGAGCGGCGACGUCAAGCAGGGUCUCCCCGUCGUUCCCCAGGGCAGCCUCUACCAGCGCAUCCGCGACGCCUUCCGUGAGGGCCGUGGCUCCGUGCGCGCCCUGGUCAUUAACGAUGGUGGCCGUGAAUUGGUCGUUGACUUUAAGGUGAUCCACGCCUCCCGCCUGUAA